AUGCUGUCCACAGACGAGACGGCACCGCUGCUGGGAACGGCAGAAGAUGCUCGGGCAACUGCAGCGAUUCCGUCGGACAAGGACGACGACAAGGGCUGUCGCCUGCCACGCCUCACCACGCGCCAGCUCGCCACCUUGCUGACGGCGCUGGCGAUCUUCCUGGCCGAGCUGACCUUCAACACAAUGAUGCCGGCCAUCAACAGCAUGAUCGAGGAAAUUCUCUGCCGGCAGCUCUACGGCGACAGCAACACGACAGGUGACUGCAAGGGCGACGAUGUGCAGCGCCGUCUGGCCGCCAUGCGCGGCUGGCAGACUGCAGGCGAGUGCAUUCCAGCCAUCCUCUUUACGGUCCCUUACGGCAUCAUGGCCGACAAGAUCGGGCGCAGGCCCGUCGUCCUGCUUGCCUUCAGUGGCCUGCUUCUCCAGCAGGGCUGGUACCCGAUUGUCUACUUCUUCCAAGACACGAUGCCGCCCUGGACGAUCUACCUCUCUUCCCUCUUCGCCUGCGUCGGCAGCUUCUCGUCCGUCGGUCCCGCUAUGAUCCACACCAUCCUGGCCGACGUCACACCACAGGCCGAACGGGCGUCCGCUUACUUUAUCAUCGUGGCCACCUUCCUCGUCUCCGACAUGAUCAGCAGCCCACUUGGUGGCACCUUGCUGCUGUUCGGCAACUGGGCCCCGCUUCUCGUUGGUGUCGCCGCCGCCGUCCUCGCCGUCCUCGUGCUGCUGCCACUGCCGGAGACGCUCGGCUUUGAUCAGACCACAGGCACUGUUCAGACGGCUGCAAACAGCACCGACACCGACAGCACAGACGGGUCCUCAGCCAAACAGCCGCUGACCGUGUGGCAGCAGACCGUCCACGUGCUGCGCACCGACGCCCUGGAGACCUGGCGCUUCAUCUUCUCCAACCGGCACAUCAUGCUGCUCACGUCGUCCUUUGUCUUCUUCGUCAUCGGCCGCUUCGUGCAGGAGCUGCUGCUGCAGUACGCGACGAAGCGUUACAACUGGUCCUGGAGCCGGGCGGCCUUCCUCCUCACCAUCCGCAGCAUGUCCAACCUGGUGCUCUUCAUCGUCAUCCUGCCGGCAGCCAGCAUCUUUUGCUUGCACCGCCUCGGCAUGUCGCCCUUGACCAAGGACCUGGUGCUGGCGCGCAUCAGCGGCGUGUUCGCCGUGCUUGGUUCCCUGAUGAUCGCAUUCGCUGUCACGCCUUGGAUGCUGUCAAUUGCUCUCAUCGUGUUCUCCUUGGGCGGCGGCUUCACCUCGGUGUUGCGAAGUCUGCUUAGUGCCUUUGUCGAGUCUCAUCACCAGGCCAUGCUCAACUCGAUUAUUGGUCUUUUCGAGUUUUCCGGCCUGAUGGUCACCAGCCCCCUACUCUACGGCGCCAUGCAACAUGGUCUGGAGCUAGGCGGUCUCUGGAUAGGCCUGCCCUUUAUGUACGCUGCUGGCAUCACCAGCCUGGCCGCUGGCAUUGCGUUUGCCUUCCAGAUCCCCCCGGUGAUGUUAGCGCCGGCCAGCGAAGCCUCUGGGGCCGAGGAGGAAGGUGUUGGGGACAACUCUACAUGA